GGUUCCUUGCUCUUGCUGGCCCCGGCGAGGUAGCUUCUGGAAGGCGCUGCUCUUCCGGUCCUCCGUCCCGGUUCCUGGGGUUGCACAGACAGACCCUGUAAACAUGUCAGGGUUCAGUCCGGAACUCAUCGACUACUUGGAAGGGAAAAUCUCCUUCGAGGAGUUCGAACGGCGGAGAGAAGAGAGAAAAACCCGCGAGAAGAAAGUGAGGCGAUGCUAGGCCACGGUGCCCUUCAUUCUCGUUGCCUUCAUAGCCUUAGAGUCUUCAGGAAAAAGGCAAGUUAUCAGCUGAAGAAAAUCCCGAUGACUCUGAAGUUCCGUCAUCAUCAGGAAUUAACUCUACCAAAUCCCAAGACAAAGAUGUCAAUGAAGGAGAAACAUCAGAUGGAGUGAGGAAGUCAGUUCACAAGGUCUUUGCUUCCAUGCUUGGAGAGAAUGAAGAUGAUGAGGAGGAAGAGGAAGAAGAGGAGGAGGAGGAGGAGGAGGAGGAAGAAACACCUGAGCAACCCACUGCGGGCGAUGUAUUUGUAUUGGAGAUGGUUCUCAAUCGUGAAACCAAGAAAAUGAUGAAAGAGAAAAGGCCUCGGAGUAAACUUCCCAGAGCUCUGAGAGGUCUCAUGGGUGAAGCCAACAUUCGUUUUGCUCGAGGAGAACGUGAAGAGGCGAUAUUGAUGUGCAUGGAAAUCAUAAGACAAGCUCCUCUGGCUUAUGAGCCAUUCUCUACUCUAGCCAUGAUAUAUGAGGACCAAGGUGACAUGGAAAAAUCAUUGCAGUUUGAGUUGAUUGCUGCGCAUUUAAAUCCCAGUGACACAGAAGAAUGGGUUAGACUGGCAGAAAUGUCUCUGGAACAAGACAAUAUUAAGCAGGCUAUUUUUUGCUAUACAAAAGCUCUUAAAUAUGAACCUACUAAUGUCCGUUAUCUGUGGGAGCGAUCAAGCCUUUAUGAACAGAUGGGUGAUCACAAAAUGGCCAUGGAUGGUUAUAGGCGUAUUUUAAACCUUUUGUCUCCAUCUGAUGGCGAACGUUUUAUGCAGCUGGCUAGAGAUAUGGCAAAGAGUUACUAUGAAGCCAAUGAUGUUACUUCUGCUAUUAACAUAAUUGAUGAAGCUUUCUCAAAACACCAGGGCCUAGUCUCCAUGGAAGAUGUUAACAUAGCAGCUGAACUAUAUAUUUCUAACAAACAGUAUGACAAAGCUUUGGAGAUAAUUACAGAUUUUUCUGGAAUUGUGCUGGAAAAAAAAACUUCAGAAGAAGGCACCUCAGAAGAGAAUAAAGCUCCUGAGAAUGUUACCUGCACUAUACCUGAUGGCGUGCCAAUAGAUAUCACAGUGAAGUUGAUGGUCUGCCUUGUACAUCUCAACAUUCUUGAACCACUUAAUCCUCUCUUGACAACACUAGUAGAACAGAAUCCUGAAGAUAUGGGAGACCUAUACCUAGAUGUUGCUGAAGCUUUUCUGGAUGUUGGUGAAUAUAAUUCUGCACUUCCCCUCCUCAGUGCUCUUGUUUGCUCUGAAAGAUACAACCUUGCAGUAGUUUGGCUUCGUCAUGCAGAAUGUUUAAAGGCCUUAGGCUAUAUGGAGCGAGCUGCUGAAAGCUAUGGCAAGGUGGUUGAUCUGGCCCCACUCCAUUUGGAUGCAAGGAUUUCACUUUCUACCCUUCAGCAGCAGCUGGGCCAGCCUGAGAAAGCUCUGGAAGCUCUGGAACCAAUGUAUGAUCCAGAUACUUUAGCACAGGAUGCAAAUGCUGCACAGCAGGAACUGAAGUUAUUGCUUCAUCGUUCUACUCUGUUGUUUUCACAAGGCAAAAUGUAUGGUUAUGUGGAUACCUUACUUACUAUGUUAGCCAUGCUUUUAAAGGUAGCAAUGAAUCGAGCCCAAGUUUGUUUGAUAUCCAGUUCCAAGUCUGGAGAGAGGCAUCUUUAUCUUAUUAAAGUAUCGAGAGACAAAAUAUCAGACAGCAAUGACCAAGAGUCAGCAAAUUGUGAUGCAAAAGCAAUAUUUGCUGUGCUCACAAGCGUCUUGACAAAGGAUGACUGGUGGAAUCUUCUGUUGAAGGCCAUAUACUCCUUAUGUGACCUAUCCCGAUUUCAAGAGGCUGAGUUGCUUGUAGAUUCCUCAUUGGAAUAUUACUCAUUUUAUGAUGACAGGCAAAAACGCAAAGAACUAGAAUACUUUGGUCUGUCUGCUGCAAUUCUGGACAAAAAUUUCAGAAAGGCAUACAACUAUAUCAGGAUAAUGGUAAUGGAAAAUGUCAAUAAACCCCAGCUCUGGAACAUUUUCAAUCAAGUUACCAUGCACUCCCAAGAUGUACGACAUCAUCGCUUCUGUCUCCGUUUGAUGCUGAAAAACCCAGAAAAUCAUGCCCUAUGUGUCUUAAAUGGACACAAUGCAUUUGUAUCUGGUAGUUUUAAGCAUGCGCUUGGACAGUAUGUGCAAGCCUUUCGCACUCACCCUGACGAACCUCUCUAUAGCCUCUGUAUAGGCCUAACCUUUAUUCAUAUGGCAUCUCAGAAGUAUGUGUUACGGAGACACGCUCUUAUUGUACAGGGCUUUUCCUUUCUUAAUCGAUACCUCAGUUUACGUGGGCCCUGCCAGGAAUCAUUCUACAAUUUGGGCCGUGGCCUUCAUCAGUUGGGGCUGAUUCAUCUUGCAAUCCACUAUUAUCAGAAGGCCCUGGAGCUCCCUCCACUUGUGGUAGAGGGUAUAGAAGUUGACCAGUUAGACUUACGAAGAGAUAUUGCCUACAACUUGUCUCUCAUUUAUCAGAGCAGUGGGAAUACCGGAAUGGCUCAAACGCUUUUGUAUACCUAUUGUUCUAUAUAAAGCACCACAACUGAGAACGGAGCAAUGGCAGCUGCUGUUUGAGGACCAGUAUCUUCUGUCUCAGGGCUUAUUAUUUGUAACUAACUCCAAAAUAGAAAUGACAAUUUCAGAAUUACCUAAAACAGUGUAUUUAUUUUUAAUAUGUGAUAAUGAUCUUGUGGUAUAUAUGCAAAAUUAUUCCUACAAAAAUUUGUAUAUUGUUCUGUCAUUUUCCUUUCACAUUCUAUAGUGAAUUGUUCCCAAUGUUGAAAUGGACGUGUAAGCCUUUGAGCUAGCUUGGAGUCGAAUACACUAUUUUUCACUCACACCAUUUAUUCAUCUUUGUAUUUAAUACUAUAGCUCUGUCAAUAUCACAUGAGGCAGUUUUUCAAAUACGUAUAAACAGAGGUUGCUUAUUAUUAAGGGAAAGACAAAGUGGGACUCUUUAUGAUGUCAUGACCAUGAUAACUAAGCACCUAAGAAAAUUAUUUAAAAUAGUUAUGUGGUAGGUAGAAAGACAAAUAAUUUAGUUUUUUACUUUUCACCUGCAUGUAUCUUAGCUACCUAAACUGAAACAUGGGAGGCUGGGCUUAAUUCAAAAUAUAUUGCUCCAAGGCAAAUAAAAAAAUGCUUUAUCUA